AUGCUUGGGGUGUCACCGGAGGCGGUUCAGGAGGCGUUGCAAGUGGCCGAUGCCGCCGCGGAGGUGUGCGAGCUGGAGGAUCCUGGGGACUUGCCGGAGCUCAUUGCCCUCGCGGAGAAGGAGGCCUUCCGCGCGACGCUGCGGAGCCUGCCGGCGACCCCCAAGGAGUUCCAUCAAGCCGUGAAGGACGGGGACGUGGAGCUCGUGAAAUGGUUCCUGGACAAGCAGCAGGCCAACCCCUCCAUCAUGGACCCCGAGACCGGCAUCCCGCCAUUGGUCAUGGCUUGCAAGGUGGGAGAUAUGGCCAUGUGCGAGCUGCUGCUGGACCGUGGGGCAGACAUUGAUGUGCGCAGUGCCGACGGUACCUCCUCGCUGCAUUGGGCCUGCCACAGCCGGACCUUCCGCAUCGUGAAGCUGCUGCUUAGCCAUCGUGCAAACCCUCGGUUCCAAGACAAGCGGGGCCACGACGCCUUGGUGAAGCUGGUGCGGAGAGACUUCAAGGGCCCCGCGGAAACCUGCGCCGUGUCUUGGCACAGGCAGCCUGGCCAGUGUUUAGCGGGCCCAAAGCAGAGUGAUGGGCACAUGAGCAUUGAGGAGGCGAAGGUGGCUGCUGAGAACACGGACUGCGUGGGUUUCUCGGUGCACGGCAUGGACGGCACGGAGUGGGAGUCCGCCACAACGCCGUUCUACGUGUCCUUCCACGGGCCCGGGCGUGGCGUUGUGAAGCCUGCGGCGCCGGAAGUGGCAGAGGAGGAUGCGGAAGAGGAGCCUCCGUCACCGAAAGCCAAAGUGGAAACUGCCCAGAAGAUAUCGGAGGAGGAGGAGGCUGCAGACAUGGUGUGGUCACAUACCGAUCCCGACUGGACUGCCUUCCUGAAGGUGAAGAACGAUCCUGCCCACGACGUCUCAGCACUCCUGGCGGCAGGGGCAGAUCCCUGUGCUGAGGACUUGGAAGGCCUCACGGCUCUUCAGCACCAUCUGCUGUCUUCGCCCGGCCGGGGCUCCGUGGAGUGCGUCGCGGCGCUGCUGCGAGGGGGCGCAGACGUGAACCACCGGGAUACUGGGCAUCGGGGCACUACGCCCUUCAUCAUUGCCAUCCAGAGCAAGCGAGCGGAUCUGGUGAAGAUGAUGAUGACCAGCGCCUGGCCCAUGGCGGAUGUUGACUGCAAGGCGCCGGACGGCACCUGCGCCCUGGCUCUGGCGAAGAGCCUGGGAGCCAGGGAGAUUGCCAACAUGCUGCGGAAAGCUGGGGCAUCUGAUUGGGCGGAUGCCGAGAUUCGCCUUGGCAGUAGGCAGGGCCCGCCUUUCAUUCCAGGCAGGAAAUCUGGGCAUUCUGGGGCGCGCGGCUCUGCACCAGCGAGCUACCAGCUCAUCAAUGCUUUCUCCUACGCAGACCUCUUGCAAGGGCAGGCCAAGAAGUUCAUCAAUGGCUUCAACGCCGAGCACCUGAGCCUAGGCUUGCUCAGCGGCUACCUGGAGCUGCGGAAUCUCGCAUUGAACCCGGAGCCUUUAGAUGAGUUGCUCCUGGGCAGCGAUCUCCCCUUCGUGGUGAAGGCUGGCACGCUCUCCUCGGCCAAGCUACAGCUGUCCCUCAUGCAGGGGGAGCUGGAGAUUGUAGUGGAUGGGCUUUCACUCGUCCUGGCUCCCGCUUGCAAGUGGUUGAGCCGAGAGGAGGUGUACCAGCACCGAACCAACGAGAUGGAGCGAUUGGAGUUUGUGCACAUGCGGAGCCAGACGCAGAGAAGAACCCUUGAGCGGGAGAUGUUCCGGAAGCUCUUCUCGGACUACCUCUCCAGGAUAAGAAUUGUGGUCAAAGAUGUGCAUGUGCGCCUUGAAAUCGAGGGUGAGAUGUGUGACACCUUCCCAGGACCUCCGCUGGCAGUGGGGCUGCUCAUGAACUCCUGUGAUGUGGCGCCGGUAGCUGCAGACGAUCGUGCCAGCGUGGAGGACCCGCACAAGUCCGAGCUGCUUUUGGCCGAGACGGUUCAGUUGAAAGGCUUGUGUUUGUACCAAGAAUCCGCAGGCUCGUCCAAAGUGCAUGUGCCGUGGGAAGUAUACCAAUCAACCAGAUCAUGCGAAUUGGGCAUCUUCCAGGAUAUUUCGCAAUCAGAAUUCAUUCAGUCAAUGAGCUGGACAAAGAAAUCGCACGCAGCCCUGCCCACGGAGAAACAGCUGAUGCCAGCGACGGAUGUGUCCAUCAAAGUAGACCUCAAGUCGCAAGCGCUUUACACCGAUUGCCACGUGGAGAACUGCUUGACGCUGGAGGUUGUGGUUUGCCUGCAGAAUCCUUCCCGUCUACGUUUCACAGCCAGCAUUGUCGAAGGCAUGCGCUGGCUCGUUAGACGCACUUUGGAUUUCCAAAUGUGGCCGUUCCUUCACGCUUUGCAUGGCAAACCUGCGACUGGCAAGGGCAGAUGGCAUGUGUUGCGGAGUUUUAUCGCAUUGAAGCGGCGCAUCCAAUCGAAUGCCUACAGCCUGAAUGAUGCUGUUCGAAUGCGAAUCAAUUGCAAGGAGUACAUCCGUUUGUACAAGAAGAAAUUCAAUGGCCCGCAGAGCGCUUUCCAGUGGAGACGUGCUCUCCCCCCUUUGACAGCAGAGGAUGCGACAACUCUGGGCCUCAUCGAGCUGUCCUAUCCCGCGGACAAGCUCGUGAACUUCCGGAUGAUGGCCCAGACGGAGAUGAAGACAGAGACCUCCAUGAAUUCCUUCGCAGACGAAGGAACGCUGGGGGACAUCAAGAGGAGCCCCAGGUCCCAACUGUCCUGGCAGGUACGGGAGUUGACUCCCAUGGAGCAGCUCCACCUGCACGGCCAGCAUGGGUUUGGCACCAACAUCUUCCGCGGUUUGCCGCCGCCGCCCUCGAACUUGAAGGUUCGCAUCGACGUGGUCGCGCCAGUGGGCUUGUGGUGGGUUUGCAAUUUAGGUGCUGAUGAGCAGAGUUGGGCCGUUGCUGUGGACCUCGCAAGGCAGCCGGUGCGUCUGCUGCUGGUGGACAGCAUCUCCGACAACAGCGUCUUCGCCACCUUGGAGGCGCCCAGAGCGCAGCAGAAGGAUCGGCCCUUGGCGCUGCUGCUGGGACGCAGCGAGGCCGCCUUCCGUCAGGGCUCGCCGGGCCGCAGUGCCAGCGGCCAGGAUGCAGGCCAUGGUGGCACGGGCCGAGAGGAGUGGUGCUCCCUGCUGGAGUUUGACGGCACGGUGUGCUGCUGGGGCCAAGUGAAGACGGUGCCCGUGUCUGCCUCCCACAGUCCCUGGGACAUCUUCGCCAGCUUCUCCUGCGGGCAAGGCCUGCGGCGCAAGAAGGACACCAGCUUCGGAAGGGUGACUCCCUUGGAAGAGCUCCUGGGCAGAAGUGUGCCAAUGUGCAGCACCGACUCGGGCAACAGCGAGGACGCCUGCCUGCGACUGAAUCUACCCUUGCGGCUGCCCAGCGGGCAGGAGGGGCCCUUUGUGGGGCUGCUGAAGUGGAGCCUCGCAGGCAACGCUCCGGCUCGGUCCGGCCUGGCUUCAUUGGCCGGCCUAGCCCGCAGCGGCUACGACCUGGCAGCCCUGCGGCUGCACACCUCGCUGCCCCCUCUGCAGCUUCAAGGACUCAGCCAGGACAGCCCCCUGAGGCUUCCAGGCUUCGAUGCCGCUUGCCAUUUGGAGAACGGAGGGCUGGUGGACGGCUUUGUGAUUGGCCUUCACAACCUCUACAACUUCGCCAACUUGUUGGUUGCCAUGCCCGUGGCAAAGAAACCUCAGGCAGCCAACUCGGUCCCUGCGUCAGCGCAGCGGCGCCCGUCUCCUGCCGUGCAGCCCCUGUCGCUGCAGCCCCUGGAGCAGGCGCCGCCGAUGCUGGUCACCGUUGGCGCCAUGCUGGCUGCCGGCGCCGUGGUGCUCGCAGGCGGGCGCCAGAUGUCGGAGGAGCCCUCGGAUCAGCCUAGCCCUGAGCUUGUGAACGUGGCUGAGGAGCAUGGUCUGACAGGGAUGGUCCAUACAGAUGAACCCAGCGACCCCAUGGCGGGCAUCACCUUGAUCCCUACGCUGUUUCAGCCUCAGGUUGCGGCUGGGCCAUCGGGCAUCGGCAUAUUUUCAGAGGAGGGAUGCCAGGCGAAGGAAGCACUUUGGAUCUGA